UCUGUCUAGCUUUUUCAUCUCUGAAUAUGAUUGUUUGUUGGGAGGAUGGUGGUGCUAAGGAGAAGGAGGUGACGACGGUUGGCUACGACGCCGUCGGUUUCUCUGAACUAUUGAAAGAAAUGCAGAACACUAUGGAUCCGACAUAAGAGGAGCAACAGCGACGGAGAGGAGCUAGCUUGCAACAAAGAGGAGCGACGGCGGGGUGCGAGCUUGCGACAGAGAGGAGAGGGGAGGCGCGACGACGCCGAGGCGCCGGAGAUGGAUGAAGGGCAGGAAGAGAAAGAGUAGAUGCGGUAGUUUGAUUGUUGUUAAUGUUAGAGCAUUCAAGGUUAAAGACGAUGAAAAAGGAUUUCAUCGAUGACGAAGUAGACCAUGUGUUUGAUCUCAACUUUGCCUUUGCUCUUUUCAAGGAUUUCAUCGAUGACGAAGUAGACCAUGUGUUUGAUGAGGAUGAUGAGGACUAUGACGACGAUAGAUUUGACAAUGACAUAGACACGCCUCCUCCUCCCAACAAGAUGAAGCAGCCCCCAAGCCCCAUGAUGGUGAACUGAAUGGGAACCAUCCACAGUUCACAAAU